GAUUACACACUAACUGUUGCAGCUGCCCGGAAAGCUAGUUUUAGACUACUGGCUAGCUUUAGCCUGGGCAGUAACAGCGGGGUUUGACGUGCAAAUGUAUUUAGCCACGGUUUUAUUGUAAUUAAUCGUAACAUAUACUGAGAAUUAGACGUAAGAGGAAGGAAAUUUACCUGGAGUGACAGAUCAGAGAUGGAAGGAGAUUUUCCUCCAGAUUCAUCAGAUGAUCUCUCGCAGAGAGGAAGUGUUGCUUCUUCUGCAACACUUUCCCGUGCUCAAGAUGUGCUAAUUUACUUGUUUGGUGACAGCGCAGUACAUUUAACAGUUGAAGGGCUUGGCAGUGUCAGUGUACAGGAGUUAGGUCGCAGUGUUCGUGAGGCUCUCCAUGUUCCUGACUCUGCACAGGAUGCUUUUGCCUUCUGGCUUUGUUCUCCUCUGCUCGACUUGCAGUUAAAAUCGAGGCAUCAACCGUACAAACUGUGUCGGCAGUGGCAGGACUUGCUGUACCGCUUCACUCAGGCCUCAGAGGAAGACAUUUCACAAGAUGAACCAUAUCUCCAGUUCCGCCGAAAUGUAUUUUACCCUAAAUAUAAAGAGCAACAGGUAGAUGAUGAGGGCGUGCUGAGACUUCUGUACGAGGAGGCCAGGAGCAACAUCCUCACAGGCCGAUACCCCUGUGACCCUGAGCACUGGACAAGUCUCGGAGCCUUGUCUCUGGCCCUUGAAGAGGGAACUGGUCUUGAUGACACACAGUUCACUACUACUGUACGAGAAAAGAAGUUGUCCUCUUUUGUGCCGGCACAUGUUGCCAUGGGGAGUGGAGGUUUGUUCUCCACUCUGAGAGGGAAGUCGAGCCGUCAGGCAGGGCUGGAGCAGAACCUUUUGGAGGCGUACAGAAAGAUCCGCACAUCUGCUGGAAACGCUCCUGAGCCCACACAGCUCCUACACCAGUACCUCAACACAUGUCACACUCUGCCUUAUUAUGGGUGCGCCUUCUUCAUGGGGGAGAUUGACAAGCCAGGGCAAGGGAUCCUCCAGAGGGGAAAACACAAAGCUGUCAAUGUUGGGAUCUGCCUGGAGGGAGUUUAUGUGAUGGAUGUCAAAGAGAAGCAUGUGCUGCUUGGCCUGCGUUUCAAUGAGCUUUCCUGGGACCACAGCUACCCUGAGGAGGAGGGCGACUCUCACAUUCUGUGGCUGGAGUUUGAUGGAGAGGAAGAUGGUACACCAGUCAACAAGCUGCUUAAGAUCUACUCCAAACAAGCAGAGCUAAUGAGUGGCUUCAUUGAGUUCUGCGUGGAGCUGAAGUCUGCGUCAGAGGGCGGAGCUGCAGCUGAUAUGGACGGAGAGGCGAGUUCCCAGCUGCCUGCUGAGCAAGAUGGCAGCAGCAAGAACGGGCGUGGAGGACGGCGUGGGAUGCUGCGCAGACAGAGCAGUGUUCUAUGCAGCCGAGUCCAUUCAUUAAACACCAUCAGCUAUGUGGAUAAUGGAAAAGAAAUCAAACGCUUGAAGCCGAAAAGAGCUGCAUCGUUUUUCACCCGUCAGCAGUCUACAGCAGCGUACUCUGCUGUGCAGGUGACAGAGAGUCUGGAGCAGGGUUAAUCUCCUUGAUCUGCACGCACCCCUCAAAGACCAAAACUGAACAAUUUACACUGAGAUUGAAAAGAGAAGACUUUAUACAAGCUUGAGACAUUUAACUGAUAAUAUAUGAACGUGCAAAGGACCAAGCGAGGGAUCUUAGAGCAAGUUACAGUAUUUAUCUUCUGAAGUUGUGUAUAUUUAGAGAGUACAGUAAUGUGAAAACAAAAUGAUUUACUAACAGCAAUGCUUCCAAGUUCAACUGAAUGGGCUAUUUGUUUGAUGGCCUUAUGUAAAGAACAUAUCUCACUUUGUGGGAAGCUAAUGAUGGACCUCCUUCAUGAGUCUGAGACAAGCCUUAGAAAAGUCUUGCAAACCUUUCUGCAGCUGCAUCUUACUGCUAUUAUUCAAAAAUAUACAACCUUAAGUGGGUAGAACCACUACAUUACCUCUUUAUGCAUCUGAGCAUCAAAAACAUGGCAAUCAGUCCCCUUAUAAUCUAACAAACAAUUAGCAAGUCAUCCUAAAAUGAGUCUGGGUAACCACAGAGUCUUCACAGUCAGCAUGACAGACACUUUCAGGGGAUGAUGUAAGGACGUGCUCAAUUAUUCUGCUUUUUAAACUGCCAGUGCCUUGCUCUCAUGAAACAGUUCGGAGGAGAGCUGGUGGAAAGGUUGAAGUGUAGCUGUCUCUGAUCAAAAAGGCCAUAUGGAGGCACAUUUUCUCUGUUGUGGAAGUUUCUUGUAAGUACAUGCUUUUCAAGAAUUUGAUAUUAAUGUUUUCUGCUGGUUAUUGUAAGAAGACCGUGACAGUUGUUUUUUGUAAAAGAGAAAAAAAUGGUGCAGUCAAACAUGUUAAAAAUUCACUACAUUAUCAUGUUGAAGAGGCUUAAGUUACACACUCAGUGUGUCUUGGAUGAAAGGACUUGCACCGAGAAUAAUAAAAUAAGAGCAAAACACUGGAAAAAGUAAGCAAAAACUCCUAUACUAAGCCAUAAUGACAUUAAAUGCUUUUAUUUCAUCUACAGAAUGGUCUGCUGCAAUGGGCAAGUUUGCAUGUAAUAUUCAACACUUCAUAAUCUGCAUUGUUAUGCAGCAUUGCACAGGUUCAAGCAAAAAUAAAACUAAUGCAAUACUUUUGCAACUGUUUGUGUGAAAUAUGAUAAGCAACCUUCCUGUUUACAGACUCACUAAUAAGGAAAUCUACCUAAAUCAAGCUCAAACCAUAUUUUUGCAAUUCAAAAUGACUGUUUUUGUUGCGAUAGCAAUCAUGGUUGAUAUCACCCGAACAAAACUGGGUUUGCCCUUUACAGCUUUGUGUUCUCCCACUUAAAGGAACAUUUAAUGUGAUAUUUUAUCUAAAAAAAAACAAAACAAAGGAUGUUUCCGGAACCCAUCCUUUUCACUUAGAGGUGACUAUGUGCUGUGUGCAUAUUGCAAAAAACAUCAUUCCACAAGUAUUGAAACUUCUGUUUAAAUCUCAGUGUUUACACCAAAGCAAGCCUGUCUGACAUGCUGCAACACAAUGUUCUCCCUUUGCUGUUUAGAGGGAAUUUUUCAGGAGUCCUCUGUGCUCGACUUUAAUGGUAACACUGGCAGAUUCUGUCUUUACAUUUCAAAGUCAGGAUCAUCUGAAUCCCAGCCAUGACAGACGGUGUAUCUUUAAAAAUCUGCCUUCCACAUGAAAAUGUUUCACUGACAUAUGGUGGCAUCAUGUAUUCUCCUGAUUGCCCUUAGCAUGCAAACAGAAUGUUUUUACCUUACUACACUUCAUAUUAUAAAUCAGCUACUGUCUGUAACCUAACUGACUCAGUCCAGUGUAUUGUUGCUGACUAACACUAUGCAUGUGACAUUGUAGAAUAGGCAUUCCAACAUACACAUCAUGUGAUGCUGCACUGUAAAUACUAAUACGAUGUUUUUUACAUCUGCAGAUGUUUUGUAUUGUUUGGUAGCUUUAUGAGAAUAUUUUUACUUUCAUUUUCAAAUUCUUUGUAAACAAGAAAAAAUGAAGAAAUAGGUCAUAUUAAGCAUUAUCUUCUCAAGCAGUCACUUUGCAGAAGCGUUAAGUGCCUUUUUGUUCAUACUCAGUUGGAGUCUGAGUGACUGUUGUUGCUUGGAAACAAGGAAUCAACCUUUUUGUGUUAUUGCUAUUGUUAAGAUUUUUUUGUAUUAUAUUCUGUUUUUUUUUUAACCAGAAAAUGUAUUUCACCUUUCCUAGCUGAUGUGAGUGUGUUGGUAUACUGAAUAACUACACUGGGCUGCUGUUGAACAGUGUGUUGUGGUUUCUCUCAGUAAAGUGGUCAGUUCUGCCUUCAUUUA